GAAAGUUUCUCGGCCUCCAUGUCGGCUACGGUCAAGCGUGAGGAGCUUGAGAAACUCGUCUACCAGGCAGUAUGCAACCUCGGCUACUCUCCGAGCGAUGCCGAGAUCAUGACGAGGGUCAUGAUGUUUGCGGAGAUCCACAACAACAACCAGGGAAUCUCAAAGCUCUACCGGCCGCAAGACAUGGGCUUCAACCCCCAGGCCGGCCCGCUCAUUUUUGAGAACGAGACUCCCCAGAGUGUCGUUGUGAACGGAAACAAGCGCUCGGGAAUGGUUGCACUCGAGACGGCAGUGGAGAAGGCGCUGCAGAAGGCAAAGGCAACAGGGUUUGCGAUCUGCGGUACUCACAACACCUACACGUCCACUGGCAUGCUGGCCUACUACACGUCGAAGAUCGCCAAUGAAGAUCUGAUCGCAAUCGUGAUGGCUGGCAGCCCCGAGAUGGUGGCGCCGGUCGGAGGCAAGCAGGCUGUCUUUGGGACAAACGCCAUUUGCUUUGGGAUCCCUGGUCCAGAAGACGGCCCUCUCAUAUUGGAUAUGGCGACGGCCGCUACUACGUUGUUUGGUACUGUCAGCGCUAAGGCCGCUUCCCAGCUCCUCCCUCCUGGGGUUGCCGUCGACAGGGACGGGAAGCCGACCAGAGAUCCCGACGAAGCGCUCAAAGGAGCCUUCCUCGCCUUCGGAGGCUACAAGGGGGCAGGGCUCAGCCUCGUGGUGGAGCUUCUGACGCAGGCUCUGUGCUGGGGAGCGAUUCCCGGAGGGACUGAGGAGGCACAUGUAGGCACAGGAAGGAAGUGGCGAGAGAAGAACUGGGCAAACUUGGUGAUUGCCCUCGACCCUAAGCUGCUGAUGCCCACACAGCUCUACAAGCAACGAGUAGCAGAAGUGAUGAGGGGAAGGCUGAUGUGCUUUGAGGGGCUGACUCGAAACGCGUGA